AUGACCAACUACAUCGUCUGUUUAGCCCAUUUCUGUGAACUCCACGGUCCUUCCACUAUUGUGUGUACACAGGUGACCGAUGUUGCCAAUAAAAAGGACUUGAUCCUACCGCAAUCAGCCAAGUUCCAGACUUGCGCUUCAUGUAACCUAAUACUACCUGAUGGAUCUAUCAACCUUUCACGAACAAAUGGACCUGGAAAGAAUUCCGUCUACGUGUCUACGCAUUAUCCAACGUCGCAGAAGAGAUUUGCUUCUCUCACCAAGUUGGUGAUGAAGUCGUUAUCGGUGGAAACAAACUCAGAUGUACAAAAACCUAUGUUCUAUGGAGACGUCAUCAACGGUUAUUGUAUCAACAAAGUGUUCAAGAUCAAGGAUAUUAAUGCCCGAGGCUCCGAACGUAAAUACUCCCUCAUGGUAGUUUCAGAUUCAGAGUCGGACUUGUUGCUCAAUUGGGAUAUCGUCAGUGUCUACUUCAAUGAAAUCAUUGCCUUGAUCCAGGAGGGAGUUGAGCGUACUUACGAGGAAUCACUUAUCAGAAAAGAAAAUGACUCCAGGAACGGUGCUACUGGUACAAUGCUAGAUAACGAAAGAUACCUUCGAAGAUCUAUGAUCAAACCAAAAUCUCUAGUAGAACUUACCAACGACGAUCAGAUAUUCAUCAAGUUCCAUCUAUGGGCUAUGGAGCUACUUAAGGAUAUCUUAAAAUAA